UGUGUCGUCAGUAAGCUAUAAAACAGCGGCCAGGACGCUGUACCCUAGGUUUUGCAGAAUUAUCAAGCAAAGCAGCAGGACCAACGAAGGUAGUCUAACAUGGCAAGAAUGCUGCUUCAAAUCAAAUUCCUGAACGGCGAAACUUACCCCCUGGAGGUGAGCCCAAGUGAUACCGUUGGAGAGUUGAAAAGACGGAUCCAGUUGCUGAGCGGCGAUGCACCUGCGCGUCUGAAGCUCAACGCAAACGGGACCAACUUCAGCAAUGAUUCCAGUACACUCGGUGCCAUCGGCUUGCAGUCUGGUUCCUACAUCAUGGCUCUGAUACAGGAUCCCACGCCUAUUCAGGUGUUCCUAAAGAACGAGAAAGGUCAGACUAAAACCUUUGACGUGGCGUCUGGUGAAACAGUAACUGAUUUCAAACACAAGGUCUACAACAAGGAGAGGGUUCCAGUGGACCAGCAGAGACUGAUUUACAAUGGCAAGCAGCUGGAAGAUGGACGAAAGCUGGAGGACUAUGACAUUCAGUCAGGGAGCACCAUCCAUCUCACACUCCGACUCAGAGGAGGUUGAUUUGAAAAUGGACAGGAGGAAUAGGCUAUAUUUGGUCCCAUUUAACACGAUUAAUUUGGAUACAUUUUUCUAUUUAUUAUUGAAUAUUCAUUCACUUAUCAGCUAUGAUGAAAGAAGUAAAUUAAUCCUACUUCUGGACACUUUUGCACUUUCCUAUGUUGUUGUUUGUCUGCUUUUUGAAUGAUGUGUUAUUGUGUAACGGUGUAAUACGGUGUAAUUACUACUGCAUUAAGUUAAUUGUCUUGAAUAAACAUCCAUUAAAUUAAAUUCUUCUA